AUGGCAUCAGGAAAUUCACCUUCAGCCUUUUGGGCACCCUGUGAUCCCAGGCAGCCCCUUGGCCAUGAACUGCAUGCAGAGCACAGACGUCACACGGCUGCCUUUUCCAUUCUACAUUUAAUAUCUUUGCUGCUGGACCCAAUAUUGUAUCACAGGCAUCACUGGUGUUGUGCUUCCCAGCAUGCCCUAGCAUUCCUUCAAGCAAACAUUCACAGCAGCAGAAAGUCCAAGAAAAGGCUUACUCCCUUGAGGAUCAAGAAGAAAGCAACAGUGAAGAAAGGACCAAUAGCAACAUGGAGAAUACGGAAAGCAGAUAAAGAGGAAAAUGAGGAGGUGGAGUUCCUGAAAGCUGUUUUUCCAGCUACACACAGGACAAUUGCUGAACUCCUCUGGCUCUAUAAGAGAAUUAUAGACUAUGGAUCUUAUGGGCAAUUCACCCCUUUAUUCAUCUCAGCAAGGGAGUGGAUUAUGUUACUUCUCAGUGCCCCUUCUGAGCCCAUUUUUUACACUCAUACCAUCCCGAAGCCUCUCCAGGGAUACCAGUCACCAUCAUGUAAGCUCAUCAGACUUGAUUUUUUGUGGUUGCCACUCUGUGCCUCACCCUUCCACAGGUGUGUUAGAAAUAAACAACCUUGUUCUUUUGCCAUAGCCAACCAACCUGUCAUGAUGCUGUCCCAAUGCCAGGCACCCACGAGAGUCACUCACUCACCCUCCCCUGCUACAGCUGGGCAGUGGAGGGAAAAAUUUAAUGAAGGGUUCAUGAGUCAGAUAUGGACCAGGAAAAAACACUUCAAGGCAAAAUAGGCUCAACUUAAAGUUCCAAAGUGAAAUUUAUUACUAACAGAAGCAGAGGAGGAUAAUAAGAAGUAAAAAUAAGCCCUUAAAACAACUUUCUCCCCCCCAACCUCACCCUCCUUUCCAGUGACAGCACAGGAAGAAAGGGCAUGCGAGUUUUGGUCAGUUCAUCUCCAAGAUUUUCUUCUGCUGCUCUGGGAGAGGAGUCCUUCCCCUGUGAGACCAUGGGGUCCCUCCCAUGGGAGACAGUUCUCUGUGAAUUCCUCCAGCAUGGUUCCAAAUCUCAUGAGCAGCAGUUCUCCCAAAAUUGCUGCAAUGUGAGUCCCUCCCACAGGCACACAGUCCUUCCAAAACUGCUGUGACAUGGGUCUUUCCUCCACAAGGUGCAGUCCUUCAAGGACAGGCUGCUCCAGCCUGCAAGAAGGAGCCCUCUCCUCGGAGUCUCCCCCUGGAUCACAGCCCCCUCCAGCCAUCCACCUGCUCUGGCAUGGGCACCUCCUCCAUGGGCUGCACGUGGAUCCCUGCAUUCCUCAUGGAUCCAUGGGCUGGAGGGGCACAGCUGCUUCACCAUGCUCAUCACCACGGCCUGCAGAGGAAUUUUGGCUCUGGUGCCUGAAGCACCUCCUCCCCUUCCUUCUCCACUGACCCUGGUGUCACCAUGUUGUUUCCCUCACACAUUCUCACCUCCUCCCCUUCUCUGAUUAGAAGCAGAAUUGUGUGACUUUGUUUUGAUUUUCUUCUCAAAUAUGUUGUCACAGAGGCAUUGCCAUUCUCUAUUUGACCCAGCCUUGGCCAGCAGCAUGUCCAUCUUCAGAGCCAUCAGGGCUGGUGGACAUGGUGGAAGCUUCCAGCAGCUUCUCACAGGGGCCACCUCUGUGUGCUCCCCAGCUACCAAAAGCCAGGCCAUGCAAACCCAGCAUUUAACCCUAUUUAAUUCAUCAUCAUAAGCACUUGCCCAGCAAACAGUACCACCAAAUUCCAUGGCUGCCCAUGUUCAGGUUCUCUUUUCUGCUGUGCAUUGUGUGAGGUCAGAGAAGUGGCCCAGAAUGAUGAGCUCCCACACAAUCCUGUGUCCCUGGAUGUGGGAGUUUGCCGGGCCAUGGAUAUCUCCAGACUCCUAGAGCUCACAGAACAAUGAAUGGGGCUGCUUGAUCUCUCUCAGUUACUCAUUCCAGCAGAUCAAGGCUGAUAAAUCCCUGUUCUUGGGAAUUGGAAUUGCUUGUGGAGUUACUUUCCUAUUCUUCCAAGCAUGGCUCUUUACAACCAGAUAAGCAAGAUUUUGAAGAAAGAAGGCAGCCAGGACCCUUCUAGUCCAGGGACUUGCUGGAGUCAGUUCAUUACUAGCGAGCAGUCGGUGUCAUUCCCACUGAGGAAGGCUUGUGAAAUCCUGCUUCGGGCUUCCUGCUUGCUCUUCCUGUAGGAUGAAACUCAGCAAGAUGUUUAAGGUGAAGCAGGUGAGUAAUCAUGUGUGUGUUUGCUGGCUGGGAUGAAUGAUGAAGGAACAUCUGAAACACUUUUCUGAAUCACAGCUACAGCUACAUUUGAGAUCCCCUUUAAAAUUCACCUCUGGCUGCGUUGCAUUGCACGGCUGAUACAAAGUGGUCUGUUUUUCAGUACUUUGUGUUAAAAGUGAUCCCUCUGUACUGCCAGCGGGGAACUAAGACACAAUACACACUCAUCUCUAUUUUGUAAAAAGUUAUUUUAGAUCCCCAAAUGUGCAAACACCAGCACACCUUGUUGGCAUCAAGAACCAAUUAACAAAACUGAUGAAUGAAGGGAAAUCAAAGUGCAGUCAGAU